CGACUCCCUACGUAUCUGUCUUUCUUUCUCAGUGUCCCACGGAGUAGGUUGGGCCACGUGCAGUAAUAUUUUUUUUUUUACCUUAUUCUAUACGUCCAUAGAAACGCAACACAGCAGAAACAUGGUGAAAUUAGCAAAGGCAGCAAAGAAACAAGCUAACCCCAAGAAAAAGGCCCCACCACCACCUAAAGAUGUGGAGGAGGAAUCCAGUGAAGAGGAGAGUGAGGAAGAGGCCCCACCAAAACCAGUAGGCAAAAAGGCUGUCACACCGGCCAAGGCCGCAGCCAAGCCUGCACCUAAAGCAGCAAAAAACGGCAAAGCAGCUAAAAAGGCAGAAAGUGAAGAGGAGGAGGACGACGACUCCGAGGAAGAAUCUGAGGAGGAAGCCCCACCGCCCAAGAAGACCCCAGCCAAAGCCACGCCGGCAAAGAAGACCCCAGCCAAAGCCCCUGCCAAGGCAGAAGAGUCGGAUGAGGAUGACGAGGAUGACGAUGAUGAAGAAUCAGAAGAGGAGGCUCCGCCUCCCAAGAAGGCAGCCGCCAAACCUACCGUGAAGGUCACAGCCGCCAAGGAUGAGUCUGAAGAUGAUGAGGAGGAGGACGACGAUGAUGAGGAUGGUAAGGCUGGGGCCCCGCUGCCUGUCUUGGGCGUUGCGCACUCUGAGGAGGAGGAGAUGGACACCACCCCUGUUCCCGCAGCAAAGGCCAAGAAAGCUGGCAUGGUGAAGGCUAAGGAUGAGUCGGAGGAGGAUGACGACGAGGAAGAUGAUGAUGAGGACGACGAGGACGACGACGACGAUGAGGAGGAAGAUGAGGCUCCAUCCACUCCUGCAAAGCGGAAGGCUGACAACAAAAAGGAGACGCCGCCGGCCAAGAAGGCCAAAUCGGAAGGCGAAGGAACAUUUUGUCUAUUUGUUGGCAACUUGAACGCAAAUAAGGAUUUCGAUGAAAUCAAAGAAGCACUGGCAGCUUUCUUCUCAAAGAAGAACCUUGAGGUUCAGGAUGUCAGACUUGGCGCUUCAAAGAAAUUUGGCUAUGUGGACUUUGCCUCGGCGGAAGACAUGCAGACAGCUAUGGACACCUGCAACGGCAAGAAGUUCAUGGGGCAGGAGUUGAAACUGGACAAGGCCCGCAGCAAAGAGAACUCCCAAGAGGAUAAGAAGGACAGGGACGCGCGGACGUUGUUUGUGAAGAACCUGCCCUUCUCCGCGACUAAAGAUGACCUCAUGGAAGUGUUUGCCGACGCUGUUGAAAUCAGAGUACCCCCCGGCCAGGACGGCUCAAACAGAGGCAUUGCAUAUGUUGAGUUCAAGACAGAGGCGGUUGCAGAGAAAAUGCUAACGGAAGCUCAGGGUGCUGACGUUCAGGGACGUUCCAUCCUUGUGGACUACACUGGCGAGAAGAGCCAAAAAGGACCACGGGCGCCUGCACAAGGAGCCGCCGAAAGCAAGACCCUCAUCGUCAACAACCUGUCAUACAGUGCCACAGAGGACUCCCUUCAGAGUGCCUUCGAAGGGGCCGUUUCCAUCAGAGUACCACAGAACAACGGCCGACCCAAAGGCUUUGCCUUUGUGGAGUUUGAGAGCACGGAGGCAGCAAAAGAAGCCCUGGAGUCUCUGAAUGGCACUGAGAUUGAGGGCCGGCAAAUCCGGCUCGAGUUCAGCCAGAACAGCGCGGGCAGAGACGGCGGUGGCAGAGGAUCUGGAGGUCCAACAAAAACCCUUUUUGUCAGAGGUCUGUCUGAGGACACCACAGACCAGUCUCUCAGGGACGCCUUCGAGGGAGCUACAGGUGCCAGGGUGGUCACAGACCGCGAGACGGGCAACUCGAAAUGCUUUGGGUUCGUGGACUUCGACAGUGAGAACGACUGCAAGGCGGCCAAAGAAGCCAUGGAGGGAGGCGAGAUCGACGGUAGCAGCGUGAACCUGGACUACGCCAAGCCCAAGGGCGACAGCGGCGGGUUCCGCGGAGGACGCGGAGGCUUCGGUGGCAGAGGGGGCGGUCGCGGCGGAGGAUUCGGCCGCGGUGGUUUCGGUGGUGGCCGGGGGGGUCGUGGCGGCGGCUUCAGGGGAGGCAGAGGAGGUGACCGUGGCGGGCGUGGCGGUGGAUUUAGAGGUGGAAGAGGUGGUGGAUUCGGAGACAAGCCUCAGGGCAAGAAGAUCAAGUUUGACGAUUAAAAUCCUGGUCCGUUUUACCUUCUUUUUGAAAAGACUCUGUUUUCGUCACAGUACCUGUAUGCUGGCAGAGCCUAUUGGACAUUCCAGAAAGCUUCAUUGGUUUGUAACUGUAAUGGUCUUUCUAGGCCCCUUCUCACGAAUCCCCUGUCACCAAAACCUCUCGACCUGAGAGCUUCCUGUGAGUUUUGAAAUGUCAUAACCGCAUUGUAAAUCCAUGACUUUUUGUUUUUCCGAAGGAGUAAAAUGGAAUGUGUCUGGCAGCCCUGUUUGCUAUGGAAAGUCCUGUUGGUUUAGGUACAUAUUGUAAAUUCAACAAUCUGUAUUACUUCAUUUUACCUUUUGUAAAAAGUGCUGUAUCCAUAAUAUCCUUUGUUUUAUUUUUGUUUUUUUUAGUUUGCUUUAGGUGCAGAAGUUUUACUGUUUAUGUGAAAGGCUUAUUGUAACGGAUGAGAGAUUAAAUUGAAACCCAUGUUUGUUGGGUGUUUAGGAUCUGGUAAUUGUGUGUCGUGUCGUGUCUUGGGUGGGGUUCAGUCAAUGUCUUAGGAAUCAGUGGACCAGAGGCCUCAAAAGAAUCACCUUUAAAAGUGUAACAUAUAUUUCUAGUGCAUUGACUAAUCUUGCCAUUUGAAGAUCUGAAUUCACAUGUGAUAAAAUGAAUAAAGCGACAUUGUGAUUUUUA